CCUCCGCUACCGCUGAGUAACCUGCUGUCCCGAGCUCACCUCGCUCCCCACCACCACCCGCUUCAAGUUUGAUCAGUGAACACAAACAAGAGAGUUCAAACACGCCUUGGCGGCUUCUUCCCGUCUGCAGCUCGCACACGCAUCAGCCACAGUCUGCACCAUUGCAUUUUUCUCUGUCUGCAUUUGAAUGCGUCACUCACAGCAGAACUCGAACGCACAGUUGCUUUGCUGCCGAGGCACAAAUGCACGUGUGAACACUCGCAGGCUCCCACCGUCGUCUGGCCCCACUCUCCGGCUCCGUCUGUCACUUUCUGCAAUGGGAGGCUCGAUAACUGUUAGAGGAAGGUCAAAGGAGAGAGGGAGGAGAAAGAGAGAAAACUGGAAAGCACUUCCCCAACAGUAGCAGAGAGGGAGGGAGGGAAUAGCAGACAGUGGGAAGGCAGAGCAGAGGAGCUUAGAGAGGGGAUCUGCAUUGUAAGUAGCUCUGAGAGCAGCAAGUGGUGGCUGUUUUUCAACCUGCUCCUUUUUUUUUGUUUGUUUUCCCAAGGAGGAGGAGAACAACAGGAGGACAAAGGGCUAAACGAAGCAGGCAGAGGAGCCUGGAGAAAGUCUGAGCCGGGAUCAGGCAGAAAAACAGGAGCUGAAGGGGGAAGAGAAGCCGGGAGGAACUCAAGGCAGCCAUGGAUAGCGGAGUGGCUCAGUCUGACCCCGGGACGGCCUGGAUCCACACGCUGCCGCUGGCCGCCACCCAGCGCACGCACUAGACUGGGAGGACGCCAGUGAGCUCCCAUGUGUUCGUCCAGCCAUGCUCCCUGGUUAUGGAUUCUCACCUUUUCCUGAUUUCCAACCGCACCUUCACAUCUUUCACUACCGAGGAGAGAGUCCCAGCAUGUGGAUCCCCGGCUCGGGGGAGGCCCAGACUCUGAGCGAGGCCCAGGAGACCGGGCCCCUCCUCCACACGUGUCACCACAAACAUGUGGCCGUGUGCCAACAGGAAACGCUGGCCUUCAUUGAGCUGCAGCCACCAGCGACUCUGAAUGGUCUAGACACGCAAUGUCCGACGCACCCCCUGCAAAUAAAUGGCUUAAAACACACGCUAAAGGAACUGAAUGAUACGCAGAACAGCCGUCGCAGGACAGACAGUGAACAGGAAACAGUGCUGAGUCUGAGCUGUGAUCAAACGCCUGAGGCUGACGCUGAGCUCCGACACCGCGGUGGCACCAGGGCGUCCGUGCAGGAGCCGACUGAAAGGCCACGAGCUGUCACCACGAUAUGCCGCCCCCUCCACGCGGCCCUCAGCCUCCCUCUGUCCUUCCCUCUGUCCUCUCUGUACGCGAACACAGACGCCUGGGAAUCCCAGGCACCCGGCUCCCCAUCCUCACCCGAGGGUCCAGGCUUUCAAGGACCGGACUCCUGCCAGCCGCAGAGGAGAAUAUCGCAGUGCUCACUGAAAGAGAAGUCCAUCAGGCGAAAGAUCCAGGUUUAUUCCCCAGACAGCCCAAGUGAUGAAUCUCUAAACAGCCCCGUCCUGGAAGCCGACUACAUCUUCCCUGGGCCGUUUGCCUCUUUUCUGGAGGAGGAGCUGAGCGGACUGUCCUCCGAGGCCAUUUCCACUCCUUCAUCCACGGACGGUUCCACGGGCCACGGCGACAUUUUCAGUUCACCCGCAGAACCCCUGCACAUAAGUGAGGACCACUUAACGGGACUCGGGGAAGACGGUGGGAGCGCCGAGGCAUCCACCACCACGGGGGCAGGCUUCUUGUCACGCAGCCGCCCCGGGGACCAGGAGCGGCGGCGCUUCUCGGCUUCGGAGCUCAUAUCGCGACUGCAGCUGUCUCAGAGGAAGAACUCCUUCACCCUGAAGCUGGGGAAAUCGCGGUCUGCGCGAGUGGCCUCCAGAGACCGACAGAGCUCCAACGGCUCCAGCCCCAACUCUGACUAUAAGUCUAACUUCAAGCGCCGCAGCUCAGGGGGGUCUAGUGACAGCGCCCCCCACAGCCCUAUAGGCUCCGCCCCGCCUCUGCCCACUAGUGACAAUGGGAUGCCCCAUCAGUGGUGGAGCUCAAAGCUUGGAAUGCGAAAGAAAUCCAUUGAAGACGACUCAGGCUCACCUCCGCCCGUUGCUAGUUCAAACCGCUUAUCACGCUUUCUGCCAAGCUCCAUCCUGUACCAGGAGUACAGCGAUGUGGCCAUCAACAGGGAGAUCCAGAGGCAACAGGGGAAGGAGCCAGGCACGGAGGAGGAGGGGCUGAGGGACGAGGGCUCGGACGGGACCCCGUCUCCGUCGAACCUGUCCCCGUCCAGCUCCUUCCGCUCGUCCCGGGGCUCUGCGUUCGCUCUGUGGCAGGACAUCCCCGACGUACGGACCAGCGGCCAGCUCGUCAACUUCAGCAACGAGGAGAGGAAGCUCCAAGAGGCGAAGUUCGAGCUGGUGACGUCGGAGGCGUCGUACAUUCGCAGUUUGAGCAUCGCUGUGGAUCACUUCAUGCUCUCCCAGGAGCUGUCCGAGUGUCUGGGUGCUCAGGAAAAGCAGUGGCUCUUCUCCAAGCUGCCCGAAGUCAAAGAUGUCAGUGAGAGGUUUCUUCAGGACCUGGAGCACAGGCUGGAGGAAGACAUCCUGCGAUUUGACGUGUGCGACAUCGUCCUGGAUCACUGCCCUGCCCUGAGGCGGGUUUACUUACCUUAUGUAACCAACCAGGCCUACCAAGAGCAGACAUAUCAGCGUUUGCUGCACGACAACCCUCGCUUCCCUGGCAUCCUGGCUCGCUUGGAGGAGGACCCCAUCUGCCAAAGACUUCCUCUGACCUCCUUCCUAAUCCUCCCGUUCCAGCGGAUCACACGGCUUAAAAUGCUCGUGGAGAACAUCUUGAAGAGGACGACACCGGGCUCUCGGGAUGAGGACACUGCCACGAAAGCUUUCAAUGAGCUAAAAAAGAUCAUCAAAGAAUGCAACUCCAGUGUGCAGUCGAUGAAGAGGAUGGAGGAGCUUAUUCACCUCAAUAAGAAAAUUAAUUUUGAGGGAAAGAUCUUCCCUCUGAUCUCUCAGUCCCGCUGGCUGGUGAAACACGGCGAGCUCCUGGAGGUGGACACUCAGAUGAUGAGUAUAUCCGGGUCCAAGCUCAAGCUGCCCACCAAGCCUGUGUACCUGCACCUGUUCAAUGACUGCCUGCUGCUGUCCAGGAGGAAGGACACAUGGAAGUUCAUGGUGUUCGUACAUGCCAAGAUUGGACAGCUGAAAGUGAAGGAUCUCAGUCAGAAGCUGCAGGGCGUCUCGGGCUUCAUCUUCCACCUGCAGCUGUGUGAAGGCCAGCAGCUCAAACACCAAAUCCUGCUCAAGUCACACACCGAGAGCGGGAAACAGAGAUGGAUCACGGCCAUGUUUCCAUCCGAUCCGCUCGAAGAUAUUGGACAAGCCUCUGAGACCGAUGAUAUAGCUCAGGUUCAGUGCAUCAAAAGCUACCAGGCCCAGGAGCACGAUGAGUUAACGCUGGAAAAGGCCGACAUUCUUCACGCCAAGACCAAAACGAGUGACGGUUGGGUGGAAGGCAUCAGACUGUCAGACGGGGAGCGGGGCUGGUUCCCCAAAACCUACGUAGAGGAAAUCACGAGUCGCAGCGCUCGCCUCCGCAACCUCCGAGAGAAUAUCCGCAUCAAGUGCGUCACAAAGAAACUGGAGGGAGAGGAGUAACGGCUUGUACUGCAGCCUGCGCGUCAAAGGUACUUUUCAGUGGAUGCAGUGAUCUCCGUCAUGAAGCUCAUGAUACUUAAGACAGCUUGGAAACUAGACUACAAAGCUUUUACUGCUCCCACACAGUUUCAGGUGAAAUGCUAAAUCCAUUCAAAUGCCACAUUUAAAUUAUCCCUGCUGUAAAUACUGGAGCAGCUCGAAUGAGUCCCAAAAUAAACACAAGAGUUAUAAGUGUAACUUUCAUCAGCACAUUCUGUUAAAUUGUCAAAGGUAACUGUAGUUCAACAUAAGAACAGACUCGGGACGUUAUAUCUCAUGAAAGGGUUAAACUGAGAACAGUACAUUAUACGUACACCAUCAGACAGACGCAUCUUCAGUGUCUACACUAAUACAUCAAGGUUAUGUACAUAACACUUUGCUAAUUUUAUAACACUGACCUUAGUGUAGCAGCAACUGGGUAAAAUCUAGAAACUGUUAGAAUGUUAAUACAAGAUAAAGUAACAGAGCACCAUCAAACCUGCAUCAUCCACAUGCUUCUGGACAUCACUUGUAAAUAUUUGACUUAUUGACCGACGGCCCAGUGUAACUGAGCUGAGACCUGUUGAUGAACCACUAUAAUCAGACUCCUCCUUUCCCACAUUGUUGGUUGUAAUUGAAGUGGUUGCUAUAGCAGCAUGUGUAUUUAUACUCCUCUGGCUGGUUGUUCUCUAAGGAGGUCCCCAUGUAAAUGUACUUUAUUGUAGAUGGCUGUGUAUAAAGACUAGAAAAUGGUUCAUUUAAAUUUUUCUCAACUGUAAUUUAUAUGAAAGAAAAUUUAAUAAAUAUUAUGACGGUCUAUGCUGUAAUUAUAAACCCUGCAGUCAGAGCACUGUAAAAUCACAGUAAAUAAAUACUGUAAUACACUGGAUGUUUACUGGGCAUCUUCACACUACUGUAAAUGUUUAGCCACUGAAAUAAAUACAGAUACUUACAAUUCA